UAGAAAUGAAGGCUGUAAGUCACUCUGUAGGAUGCUGUACAGGGAGGGGCUCUGCCAGAGUAAAGUUGAGUCCCCCCUCUCAGACUGAGCUGCAGUGGGCUGGCAGUUCUCUGUGUAACUAGAGCAGAGUGAUUGCAGGGGGAGAAGGAUCAGGAGAGCUUUGUAUAUGGGACACCAAGGAAAGGCUGCAGGAAUGAAGGUGACACUCUACUGCCUCCUCCAACUUCUCCUCCUGUGUAAGGUGUCACUCAGCAUCAGCUUCAAAUACCACCGCUAUGAGGAACUCAUGCAAACCUUGUACGACGUGCACAGCUCCUGUCCUUACAUCACCAGGAUCUACAGCGUGGGGCGCAGCCACCUAGGGAGACACUUGUACGUCAUUGAGUUCAGCGACUAUCCCGGGGUCCACGAGCCACUGGAGCCGGAGUUUAAGUAUGUAGCCAACAUGCACGGGAAUGAGAUCCUGGGAAGAGAGCUUCUCCUACAACUGGCUGAGUUUCUGUGUGAAGAGUAUCGGAACAGGAAUGAGAGGAUUGUCCGACUCAUUGAGAACACACGGAUACAUAUCAUGCCUUCUAUGAACCCAGAUGGCUAUGAAGUUGCUGCAGACCAGGGGCCGUAUUUUAAUGGAUACUUGACUGGAAGAAAUAACUUCAACGAAGUAGAUUUGAAUCGGAACUUCCCUGAUCUAAACAUGGUUAUGUACUACAAUGAGAGGAAUGGAGGACCAACUGAUCACCUUCCUCUCCCGGACAACUGGAAGGAGCAGGUGGAGCCGGAAACACAAGCCAUAAUUAACUGGAUUGAAAGUCACAACUUUGUUCUUUCUGCAAACCUCCACGGUGGAGCUGUUGUAGCUAAUUAUCCAUUUGAUAAAAGUAAAGAUCUUCGGGUCAGGGGUUACCGCCGCACCACAAGCUAUUCUGCUACACCAGAUGAUAAACUGUUUAAAGCAUUAGCAAUGUCUUAUUCCUUUGCUCAUGGAUGGAUGCAUAGAGAGUUUAAUUGUGGGGAUUACUUUCCUUAUGGCAUUACUAAUGGAGCUUCUUGGUAUUCCCUAUCGAAAGGUAUGCAGGACUUCAAUUACCUUUACAAAAACUGUUUUGAAAUAACGUUGGAACUGAGCUGCAAUAAGUUCCCCAAGGAGGCGGAGUUGCCGCGGGAGUGGGAUGGGAACCGCGAGGCUCUGAUCUCAUUUAUAGAACAGGUGCACAAAGGCAUUAAAGGUAUGGUGACGGAUGAAAAUAAUAAUGGAAUAGCCAACGCUGUCAUCUCAGUGGCCGGUAUUACCCAUAACAUAUUCUCUGGUGAAGGAGGAGAUUAUUUCCGCCUGUUGUUACCAGACACAUAUACGGUAACAGUUUCAGCAGAUGGAUACCAUCCAAAGACUGCAACAGUCACUGUUGGUCCAGAUGCAGCUACAGAGCUUAACUUUCAGCUGAAAAAGGAAAGGUCCUCAAGCUCAAAAGAAAAAAUUCCAUCUAGAAAUCUGAACUCCAAGAACCAUAUGAGAAAAGUUGCACCUCGGGCGGCGGAAAGGAGGCGAGGGACAUAAAAACCACCAAACCAGUAUCAUGGAGCUUCAGACAAUCGCCACCCCAGACUUGGCACAAAACUUCUCAUUCUGUUUUAUCUUCUACUGUUGACAAUCCAAUACCAUAAGCCUCUAACUUAAAUGGACUUUAAGAGCCAGUAGACACAUUUAUAGCAUAUGAAAGAAAAUAAUAAUAAUAUUAUGCAGAUUUAAGGUAAGUAUUUUCUUACAUGUCAAGUAUUUAAGGACAAAGAAUUAUUUGAGAAUAGGUUUAUUGUCUUCCAUUUUAAUAUUGCAUCAGCUGCCUCCUAUGUGCGGGACAACACGUCUUGUUGCUUUACCAAGGUUAAAGGGUCUUCCAAUAUUUGUUUCCAGCUAGAUUGCAUCUGUAAACAGGAGCUUUUGUGUAACUCAAUCAAUAGUCCAACUGGCAUAAAGUCCAUCUUACUGUAAAGCCGCGUACACACGAUCAGUCCAUCCAAUGAGAACGGUCUGAAGGACCGUUGUCAUCGGUUAACCGAUGAA